UAGGACUGACAGAGCGACGGACAGGUGGAGCCAUCAGUCUGAGAUCGGGAGAGGACGCGCGGAGAGCGCGCGAGCGCGCAGCGAGAGAGAGAGAGAGAGAGAGAGAGAGAGAGAGAGAGAGAAAGAGAGAGAAGCACUUGCGUGCUUUCUCUGUUCCAGACGCCCUCCUCCGUCUGAGGGAAGCGGCCAGGGCCGAGGAGAGGGCGAGGGAGAGAGGCUGAGGGCGCCGCCAAGGAGGACAGGGAGCUGGCAUCGCAGAGGGACAGACAGACGGACUCAAAGACUGGCUGCCAGCGAAACGCUGGAGCAUCCGAGCUCUGGCGAGCGCACACCCGGCACCUAGCUGCAAGUCUGAGCCACAGAGGGCAGGCAGACGGACAGACGGACUGAAGGGCACUUAGGCGGCCGGCGGCCCUCUCCCCGCACACCCCGCAGCCCGCGGGGCAGCGAAGGCGGCGGCGGCGCCCUCGGAGCGCGCCCGGAGCGGAGAUCAGGCAGCAGGGGCACCGGGACGAGAGCGGCAGCCACCACCUCCACGUUGUCGCCACAACCGUGGCCACCUCAGCCCCGCAGGGAGCUCAGCGAAUGCUGUAGAGAGCUUUUUUUUAUUAGCAGUUAAAUAAAUCGACAGAGAGAGAGAGUGAGUGAGAGAGAGAGAGAGAGAGAGAAGCAAAGACAAAAAGCCACGCCAAAGAAAUCAAUCAUUGAGAAACAAUAUUAGUCAAAGUCAAAAACUAAAUCAAAUCAGUCAAGGCCACCAAGACGCUGGGGGGAUAGCCACUGUUUCGUGCAGGUUGACGAUGAUGUGUCAAACUGUGUGAGGGCAUCGCGGGGAGAUGGGCAUUCGGCACUGUUAAUGGGGACAUGGGACUCCGGCUGCCUCUGAUCACUGGCGUGGACUUUCCUGCUGUAGAGAGACAGAAGCCGUUGUUCCUGAGCUAUCGGGACCCACCGCGGGAAUUCGGCACAGAAGGGCAUCUCAUCUUGUUAUUUUAAUUUGUGUCUGGGAGCAUGUCUGAGCAAAGUGACCUGCCUCCGACUAUCAUGGAGGAAGGGGAAGGUGGGACUGAACCGGAGCCGGCCACUCCGGAGAACGGCGUAGUUAAAUCAGACAGUCUGGAUGAAGAGGAAAAGCAGGAACUGCAGAGGCGACUGGCAGCUCAGAACCAAGAGAGAAGAAAAUCCAAGUCAGGAGCAGGGAAAGGUAAACUGACUCGCAGUCUCGCUGUCUGUGAGGAAUCAGCCAGACCAGGAGGCGACAGUCUUCAGGAUCAGGAACCAAUUCAUUUACAGCUUUCCAGUUUUCCCAGCCUGCAAGAGGAUGAUAAAUCUAGAAAAGAUGGCUCUGAAAAAGAAAAAGACAAGGAUAAAAACAAAGAUAAAACCUCUGAAAAACCCAAGAUCAGAAUGUUAUCAAAAGAUUGCAGCCAAGAAUAUACGGAUUCUACAGGCGUAGAUUUACACGGGUUUCUGAUUAACACAUUAAGGAAUAACUCCAGGGACAGGAUGAUACUCUUGAAAGUGGAGCAGGAAGUUAUUGAGUUCAUUGGUGACAGCAACAAUCAUUAUAAAAAGUUCCCUCAGAUGUCAUCAUAUCAGAGGAUGCUUGUGCACCGGGUGGCAGCUUACUUCGGCCUGGACCACAAUGUGGAUCAAACAGGGAAAUCUGUUAUCAUCAACAAGACCAGCAGCACCAGAAUACCAGAGCAAAGGUUUUGUGAACAUUUAAAAGAUGACAAAGGUGAAGAACCCCGGAAGCGGUUUAUCUUGAAGCGCGAUAGCUCUAGUAUUGAUAAAGAAGACAAUCAGCAAAACAGAAUGCAUCCCUUUAGAGAUGACAGACGAAGUAAAUCAAUUGAAGAGAGAGAAGAGGAGUAUCAGAGAGUGAGGGAGAGAAUAUUUGCACACGAUUCAGUUUGCUCCCAGGAAAGCCUUUUUGUGGAAAACAGUAGGCUCUUGGACGACAGUAACAUAUGCAAUGAGACCUAUAAGAGAAGACAGCUCUUUCGGGGCAACAGAGACGGCUCAGGAAGAACAUCUGGGAGUCGACAGAGCAGCUCGGAGAAUGAACUCAGGUGGCCAGACCACCAGAGGGCCUGGAGCAGCACCGACUCGGACAGCUCCAACCGCAAUCUGAAACCAGCCAUGACCAAGACAGCAAGUUUCGGUGGCAUCACCGUGCUGACCAGAGGGGACAGCACAUCCAGUACCAGGAGUACCGGGAAGCUGUCCAAAGCAGGUUCGGAGUCUUCCAGCAGCACAGGCUCCUCAGGAUCUUUGUCGCGCACCCAUCCACCUCUCCAAAGUGCAACCCUGGUCUCUGGUGUGGUGGCCAGUUCUGCGGGCUGUGUGCCCUAUCCUGAGAAUGGACUGGGAGGGCAGGUGGCUCCCAGCAGCACCGGUUAUAUUCUCCUUCCACUGGAAGCUGCAACAGGGAUCCCGCCUGGAAGCAUCCUUCUUAAUCCACACACAGGCCAGCCGUUUGUGAAUCCUGAUGGAACGCCUGCAAUAUACAACCCACCCACCAGCCAGCAGCCCCUGCGGAACACGAUGGUGGGGCCGUCUCCUCAGCACCCGCAGCAGCAGCCCUCUCCUCAGCCUCAGCAUCAGCAGGUCCAAACGUCACAGCCACAAAUGGCGGGCCCACUGGUCACUCAGUCUGUCCAGGGGCUGCAGGCUUCCUCUCAGUCAGUGCAAUAUCCAGCAGUCUCUUUUCCUCCCCAGCAUCUCCUGCCUGUGUCUCCAACGCAGCACUUCCCUGUGAGAGAAGAUGUGGCAACACAGUUCAGUCAGAUGAACCUGAGUCGGCAGUCCUCAGGAGAGACCCCUGAGCCCCCCUCAGGUCCUGUCUACCCAUCAUCCCUCAUGCCACAACCAGCCCAACAACCAAGCUAUGUCAUCGCCUCCACUGGCCAGCAGCUCCCACCAGGGGGCUUCUCAGGCUCUGGAACACCCAUCCCCCAACAAGUCCUCCAGCCCCCUCCCCCACCACAGGGAUUUGUGCAACAGCCUCCACCUGCACAGAUGUCCGUGUAUUAUUACCCAUCUGGUCAGUACCCUACCUCAACCACACCGCAGUACCGGCCCAUGGCCUCCCUUCAGUACAGUGCUCAGCGGAACCAGCAGAUGCCACAGACAGCACAGCAAGCAGGAUACCAGCCAGUCUUGUCUGGUCAACAGGGGUUCCCAAGCCUAAUGGGAGUGCAGCAGCCACCUCAAAGCCAGAGUGUGAUGAGCAACCAAGGAACUCCGGUGCAAAGCAUGAUGGUCUCCUAUCCAACAAUGUCUUCUUAUCAGGUGCCAAUGACCCAGGGUUCUCAAGGAUUGCCCCAGCAGUCAUACCAACAGCCAAUCAUGCUACCUAACCAGACCGGUCAAGGGUCACUCCCAACAACUGGAAUGCCUGUUUACUGUAAUGUCACACCGCCAACCCCUCAGAACAACCUGCGGCUGAUCGGCCCACACUGCCCCUCCAGUACUGUCCCUGUGAUGUCAGCUAGCUGCAGGACAAACUGUGCAAGCAUGAGCAAUGCGGGAUGGCAGGUCAAGUUCUGAGAGCUCUGGUUCUAGUCCAUUUCUUCAGACAUUGCUCAUGGCCUUUAAGGGAAGAGGGGCCACAUGGGAAAGCUGGCCGAGGACUUCACUAUUCUCUUAACACUCAACUGGUUGCUGCUGGUGUUCUGUACAAAACAAAGACUAAUACACAUGUUAGCUGGUUAAUGGUGCAUAUUUCUGUCAUGUCUGCUAGGUAUGCCUUUAUAGCUUAGCUAGUGACAUGAAUUCAUCAAGGUAAGAUUUUUUCCUACCACUGAAUACCACUGUGUAGACGAUAAUAUCUCUAAUUUGAAUUAGUUUUGUACUCUGUGUUGAGUUUGUGAUGAGAAAAGUAUUUAAAAAAAUCUAUACUGAAAUUACCUUGUACCAAAGCUGUAAGGGGAAAAGAAAAGAAUUGAUGAAUGGAAGGAAUAAUUUAUAUACACUAUAGAAUUUUCUUUUUUAAUGGAUAUAUACUGUAUUGUAGUGUUUAAUCAAAAUAAAGUUAUUUGACCUUAUGGAGGAAGGUCAUUUUUACUACCA